AAGAUGGACGGCUCAAAUCGGACACCAUCUGGUUCCCAGCCCGAAUUAUCAAGCUACUUCUUCUUCCCGAACUACGAGAGUUAUUUCCCCGACGAUGGCAGCGGCCUCGGAAGCGCAACCAACAAGCACGACGAGCCGAUGCCGGACAGUCCGACGUAUGACCCCAAAGUCUUGAGGCCCGUGCCGUUCUUCAGGUUCAAGCAUCCGUCCUCUCCGCCCGGCCAAGCCGGCAACCGCGAGGCUGAAACCGAGCUCAUCCUCCGAUAUCUCUACGAUGCCACUCAGAACUCCGGAUUCAAUCCCUUCCCUGACAACCUUUCUAAACCGUCCGGCUCCUCUUUGUCCUCCAAUUUCUCCCACUCCGCCCGGAUCCCUCUCGUCAAUUAUCUCAAGAAGUUUUGGCGAACUAGUUGAAUCUUCACAGCAUCAAGAUUGAUUGGAGCCUGACUUGGUUCAAGUUUAUGGAAGGUGGCCUUGAGGACUCUUCAAGCUUGAAUUUCUUGAUGCACUUCCUACAGUACCAUUUUGUUUAGUUUAGUUUUUUUUUUUGAGUUAGAUAUUUGUGUAAGAUAAGUUUCGUCACGUCGUAGUCAAUCAUUCCAGUCAUUUCCUCAU